AACACAGCCCCGGUGGGGCCCGACGGCGCGCGCCCCCGACAGCACGCGUCUCCGACAGCGCGCGCCCAGCGCCGGCGCUCGUUCGUCCUCACAUCGGGAGCGAAGCGGGAGGUGGACGCCCUGGCGCCCUGCUAGAGGCGCCAGAAGCCCCUGAGGGAGGCGCGCGCCCGCCGGAAGCCGCGCCCCCGACGCGGCCCACAGCCCGAGGCGCCGGAAGUGGUCGCGGUCGCGCUGCUUCCGGUCUGCGGGAGGCGCUCCGGGCGGGGGCCGCGGGGGAGGCGAGUUGCCGACUGGCCGAAGGCCGGCACCUAUGGCGGAGGGCGGCGGGCGGGCCGGACCUGGGCUCGCAGGUCCGAAUCUGAAGGAGUGGCUGAGGGAGCAGUUUUGUGACCAUCCGCUGGAGCACUGUGAGGACACGAGGCUCCACGAUGCAGCCUAUGUGGGGGACCUCCAGACCCUCCGGAGCCUGCUGCAGGAGGAGAGCUACCGGAGCCGCAUCAACGAGAAGUCUGUGUGGUGCUGCGGCUGGCUGCCCUGCACACCACUGCGCAUUGCGGCCACUGCAGGCCACGGGAACUGCGUGGACUUCCUGAUCCGGAAGGGGGCUGAGGUGGACCUGGUGGACGUGAAGGGACAGACGGCCCUGUACGUGGCCGUGGUGAACGGGCACCUGGAGAGCGCCCAGAUCCUUCUGGAAGCCGGCGCCGACCCCAAUGGAAGCCGGCACCACCGCAGCACCCCUGUCUACCACGCCUCCCGGGUGGGCAGGGCAGACAUCCUGAAGGCCCUCAUCAGGUACGGGGCCGAUGUCGAUGUCAACCACCACCUGACUCCUGACGUCCAGCCGCCUUUCUCCCGGCGGCUCACCUCCUUGGUGGUCUGCCCCCUGUACAUCAGCGCAGCCUACCACAACCUCCAGUGCUUCAAGCUGCUCCUGCAGGCUGGGGCAAACCCGGACUUCAACUGCAAUGGUCCCGUCAAUACGCAGGGCUUCUACAGGGGCUCCCCCGGGUGCGUCAUGGAUGCCGUCCUGCGUCACGGCUGUGAGGCGGCCUUCGUUAGCCUGCUUGUGGAGUUCGGCGCCAACCUGAACCUGGUGAAGUGGGAAUCCUUGGGCCCGGAGUCGAGAGGCAGAAGGAAGGUAGACCCUGAGGCUCUGCAGGUCUUUAAAGAGGCCAGAAGUGUCCCUAGGACCUUGCUCAAUCUGUGCCGCGUGGCCGUGAGAAGAGCGCUUGGCAAAUACCGACUCCAUCUGAUUCCCUCGCUGCCUCUGCCAGACCCCAUAAAAAAGUUCCUGCUGUAUGAGCAGAACUCACGAGCGGCGGCUGACUGCAGCGAGGAGGAAGCAGUCUCCAGAGCCAGUCGACACCGGUUCUUGCCCCUGUGACCACGUCCUGUGCUGCUGACUAGAUCCCACCUGGCUGUUGGUGAAGCGGAAUCAGCCUCGUCCUCAUGGAUUGUAUCCCAUCUCAGGUGCUUGGGGCGCCGGACAGUCCUUAGAAUAAAACGUCAGCUGCCCUUUUGUCAAAGCACAGAAUUUCUCAUUGAGUUUGCCUGUCUCUGAAAUCCAGCGUCGGGGACCCGCAGUCUCGCUACCGUAUAUGUUUACGUGCCGAGGAAUUUCUCUCGGAGUCUUGAAACAGCCUGUAUGUGGUUGAAGGAGAGCCCAGCGUCUGCUCUGCCUGGUAGUCCAAGAACAAGCCCUGAGAUCACUGUGUGAGCUGUUAGGAAGUGCGUGCUUGUGUCCUGCCCACGGCAGAGCAACGACCCUGGGGUGAUGGGCCUCUGGCCUUCCCGAAUCCCCUAAGAGACACUCCCGGGAGGUUCGUGUGGUCUCCUCAGCGAGGCUGCCCCUGACCUCAGGCCUGGGCACCUGAGGCAUCCCCGAGCGCUGGCGCUGGCGCUGGUGGUGAGCCUUCUGGCGCCGGGGCUGCCGGCUUCUGCUUGUGCCCCUCUCAGCCGCCUGCCACUCAGCGGCCAGUCCCGAGUGGUCUGGAUUCCCCGCCAGCUUGGAAGUGCCUCAUCUGGCCCCAUGACCUCUCUCUCCUCGCUUGCUUAUGCCUCACUUCCCUCCUCAUCCCCCGCCCCCAGCCUGACUCUCUUGAUGUGGAAUAAAAUAACUGAUGUGCACACAUGAGUGGUUAGUGGGAUCAUGUCCUAGGAGAAUUCCACGGGGGGGACGUGCAGAGUUUGAAGUGCAGUGACGUGCGGAAUAUAUGCUAUAAAUUCUAGGAAGAUAGUCUGAUGGAAAAGAGAGGCGGGGGGAAGGGUGACUUCUGUUGCCUUAACUUGUAAUCGUUCAGUGUCUGGAAUGCACGGGGAGCUUUUCUUUUUUAAGUUGCUUGGAUUCCAGAUCUCUCCCAAGUGACGUAUGCGUGUGCACCCAUGCAGUUUAGUGUGGUAUUUGUGGGCACGGCUCUCCUGUGUAUAACAUCAGUUUGCUGCUGUGAUUUAGCCAGCAGUGCCCCUGCUCCGCCCCGCGUGUUUGCACAGCUCCCGCUGCUUCUGUCUGGUGUCGGGCACGUGAGGUGUGACACGCGCUGGGGCCCGUGUGCCUGCACGCGUGCUGAAGGGGAAUGCUGACCGUCAGCCCUCAGCUUCUCCUUCCUCCUCUGGUCAUGACUGCGUGCUUGCCCGCAGCAGCUGGGACCAUGACUGUUCUUUGCACUUGUGCCUGGUUAAGAGCUUUCAGAAAUACAAUGGACAUCUUUGAUGUGUUAUUGUAACUUUAGUAAAUGCUUUAUUCCCCUUUAAUUCCCCCCAGUGCCUUAAUUUAGUGCACUGUUUAUCUCAUUGGAUAGAAGAAUUGACCAUGUGAAAUAUUUGUACAUGAACUUCCGGUAGAAGAAGCUGGCUCUCUGGAGAGUUCCUAAUUCGCAGAGAAGGGCUUAGCUAACACAGGAGUUUUAAACUGCUCUGGGGGACCCUGGUGCUCUAGGGAGGCACCCAAAAUGUUGCCCAGGUUUAAACUGAUGGAUGAGCCUGUUUUACUUGGUGGGGUUUCUAGUUUGAAGAGAGUGUGCUCCUAAAAGUGUGUGAAACACAUGGCUUUCAAUCAGGGUGACACUGUCCCUACAGUGCUCUGUCGGGUGGGGAGGUGGUGGAGACUGCGGGCCCCUGUCUUUGUGACUUAGUUUGAAAGUGGGAUGGUGAGGUGUGAAGCUUUGGGAAUGAAUGAACUAAAUAAAGCAUUUAUUCAUCUCUCA